AUGAGCCCGACUCGACAGCCGACACGUUCUCCGACGUCCGAGCCAACUAUUCGGCCGUCAACGAGACCAACCGCAACGCCAUCUCAAAACCCCACAUCUCUUUCAAGUGAGAGCCCAACGAUUGUGGCCCCAUCUCACAACCCAUCAGCGAAUCCGUCGGCGAUUGCUAGCGAUAGUCCAACUCUGUCUCCUGUUCCAUCUCCCAGUCCUUCGAGUGCGCCUUCAGCGUUGGCAAGUAAUGGGCCUUCAGCAUCCACCAUUCCAUCACAGGGUCCAACCACAAGUCCAAGUACUGCCCCAUCAACAAAACCUAGUGCCACACCAUCAAUAACACCCUCAAUGGCUCCAUCUGGAAGCCCGAGUAUUGGUCCGUCCUUUUCUCCUUCGGCAAUUGACAGUGAUCAACCCACUCUAUCACUGUCACCGUCUCUGGCUCCCUCUGCUCUUCCCUCGAUGGUAGUGAGUGGUAAUCCGUCAGAUUCUGUCAGUCCUACAGCGGCACCCACAGUGACGCGGUCAGAAGGCCCAUCAAGCAUACCUUCCAUGGCACCGUCGCUGAUUCCAUCAAGUGAUCCUAGCAUAGGACCGUCGACGACUCCACCGUUUGAAACUGCAGUGCCGACGAUUCGCAGGGAUGCUCAGAGACUUCCAAUUUUUACUAUUGAGUAUCAACUCUUUGAUUUUGAAGAUCCUACAGAAACUGACCUUGUUGAGCUGGAGGCUCUUACAAGAGCAUACUUACGGGAUCAUAUGUUUGGAGCCAUCGAUGAUGCUGACGCACUCUUGGAUGAUUUCUUUACGACCUAUACAGAUGAUCAAACAGAUAGUGGCGCACUUGUGAUCAAUGUCUCUUUCGAAUCGACUGCAUUCUACAACCCUAGUUCACCAACGAUAAUUCCUGUGGAUGAUCUCACUGAAGAAGUUGUAAAUGCAUUUACAGGAGAAGAGUUGGAUGAGUAUAUCGAAAGAGUUCAAUCAUUGCCCAACUCAAAUACAUUUGCAGGGUCGAUUCAAGUUUUCUUAAUUUCGCAGCUCGAGAGUCGAAGCCAGCGAUCACUAAUUUCCAUUCUUUUGUCUGGAAGUGCAGCAGUUGUAUCGAUUCUUGGGGGUUUUGGAUUCAUACGGUAUCAUCGUCGAAAGAGCGCAAGACGACAAGCAUCGAAACAAUUUCUCGAAAUGGUUUCAAAGGACUCACGAACAGUCUGCUCAAGCAUCCAAGGAGAUUUCAAAGAUCUCAAGACUGACUCUUCGGUUUUGAGCUUGCAAGGGGAUAAUUCAAAUCCUUUCGAAAACUCGAACGACGUUUGGGAAAGGUCAGAAGCAGAUGAUUUUCUACACGAGAAGCGGUCGGCGUAUUCUAGACCUAGAAUGCACAAGUUUUCCGAUGAUUGA